AUGGCAGUGAAAACCCCUCAACAGAAAAAAAGUCUUGUAAUAGCGCAAGAAAUAAAAUUUGCGCGAAUACUUGCGGGUAAUAACAAAAAUGCACGUGCUAAGAAGCUUAAAAAAUUACGAACAUGGUUGACAUUACGUUCCAGGAGUACUAUUGCAUUCACAGAAUCAGAUUUUAUGAGAAUAUGGAAGGGUCUUUAUUAUUGCAUGUGGAUGUCCGACAAACCUCUGGUCCAAGAAGAACUAGCGGAAUCAAUUAGCCAAUUAAUAUUUUGUUUUGACUCUAAAGAUGUAGCUAUGCUGUACACAAAGUGUGCGUUAAAUACUCUAAAUAUUGAAUGGUUUGGUAUUGACCAAUACAGAUUAGAUAAAUUUGAAAUGUUGGCCAGAAGGAUAAUCCGUCAGACCUUUGCAAUGUGCAAAAGACAUUCUUGGAAUGAACAAUGGGUCAAAGGUUUCGCUGAUAUCAUUGACUUUUUAUUAUUUGAUCCAAAAGGAUCGUUGGGUUUUAGAUUUCAUAUUAUUGAAAUUUUUAUGGAAGAAUUGGCGAAAGUAAGCGAAGGUAAUAUACCUGAAGAUAUAGUUACUGACUUGCUGAGGCCAUUCGCUAAAUAUUUAGGAUCAUUACGUGACGAAAGAGAAAUUAGACAUGUGACUAAACAUAUAUUUAGAUAUUUAAUUUUCCAAUCUGACGUUGGAAUGGAGUACAUGGAAAAAUUCGACGCAUGGAGAAAGGCUGGUUACCCCACGGGUAGUAUUGAUGCAAUGACUAAGGUCGAAGUUGACGAUCAAGAUGAAAAUGAAAACGAAGAAGAUCAGAAUGAAGAUGAAGAUGAUGAUGAUGAUAACGAAGAAGAAACAAACUCGGGAGAAAACCCUUUGGAUCCAAGAGCAGGCCGUGUAGAUGUUGAAUUACCACAAGUGCCUUUUGAUGCCACGCAAGUUGUUGAAUUAUUACAGCAGUACAAACGCCUACCUUCUUCGAUAGCAAAAACACGCCGGUUGGUCAAGAAGUUAAUUGAAGAGUUUACCAACUUGUCGCAGGGUGAAAUGCCUAUUGGUGUUAAAACCGUCGAGGUUUUCAAGAAAAAACCCAAAGACAUCAAUCCAUCUAAAGCUGCUGCAAGAUUUUUGGCUUUUGAAGAUAAACUUUAUUCUGAUUCAAAGUUAAGACGGUUGAAGAAGAAGAAAAGGAAGCGAGCGUUGGAAAUGGAGACCAAUGGUAUAGUUGAUAAUGCACAGAAUAAUGAAGAUGAAGAGGAAGAAGUGGCUGUGGAAAAACCUAAAUUAAAGAAACAGAAAAUCGAUACAGAUGAAGAUGAAGUAACUGCUAAAAGUCCAGAAAAGGCAUUGAAAAAAAAGAAAACGAAGCAAAUUGAGGAAUUGAGUAAUGGAGAUUUUACCGAUAAAUCAAAAUUAAAAAAAUCCAUUCAAAGUAAAUCUGAGAUAAAAAGUAAGAAAGUAAAGACAAACAAAUUGAAGAGUAGACGAAAUAGUAUAUUAAGUCAAAUGUACGAUGAAAUUGAAGAUUUUUCUGAUUUCAAAGCUGGAUUGCAAUCUAAAAACAAAAAACAGAUAAAAUAUGAUCUUGAUAACAGUUGGGAUGUAUCAAUUAACGACUAUCCGUCUACUCCAACGUCUCCUGUCAUUCCACCCGCAGAUUUGGCGUCUUCUACUACUCCAUCUCCUCCAUCGACUCCUAAAAAUUGCUUGCUUGACAAGGUUGUAAGUGUUCCAAUUCUUUCGACGCCACAAUUUCCAGCAUUAAAGAAAAUUAAAAUUCAAGAAAAUGUUCGUGUCGAAGCUACAAUAACUAAUGAUCCUGGAUCGAGUUUAAAGAAACGAGUUAAAAUAGUAUUAGACCGUAAUACUGCUCAGAAUACAUCUGAGUACAUAAAGCAAUUACGUUCAAGUCCAGCGAUUCCUUUUGACGCCAGCAGAAAACCCCUUGUUGGUGUUCUUAAACCCAGCCCAAUAUCGAGUCCAAUAAAUCCAUUCUACAAAAAAUUAAUGUAG